CAGAAGCUCCCAGCCACACCCUGGAGGACAUUCUGUGCCUUCGGAGGUCUUUCUGCUUGCCUGUCCCCAUGCUGCUCCUGUUUUUGCUGCUCCUGUUGACCAGCCCCUCGCACCCCCAUCAUCCCUGUGAGGUCUCCAAGGUGGCCAGCCAGGUGGAAGUGAACUGUGAUCGGCUACAGCUGAAGGCGCUGCCUCCCGGCCUGCCAGCAGACAUGACCAGCCUCCACCUGGGUGAGAACACCCUGGUGACCUUCUCCAUGGCCUCCCUGGUGCCUUUCAAACGCCUCGUCCAGCUCCACCUGGACCAAAGCGAGCUGACCAGUCUGCAGACUGACCAUAUAUUGCCCCUGUUGCAGACACUGGAUCUCUCCCACAACAAGCUCAAGACGUUGCCCUCACUGGGGCGUGUGCUACCCGCCCUCACCUCUCUGGACGUUUCCUUCAACUUGCUGGCGUCGCUGGCUUCAGACGCCCUGGAUGGCCUGAGCCAACUCCAGGAACUCUACUUGCAAGGUAACAAGCUGAAGGCUCUGCCCCUGAACCUCCUGGCACCCACAACCCAGCUGCGGAAACUCAAUCUGGCGGAGAACAAGCUGAAUGACCUGCCCUCUGGGCUCCUGGACGGGCUGACGGAGCUGGACACGCUCUACCUGCAAAAGAACUGGCUGCGCACCAUCCCUAAGGGCUUCUUUGGGGACCUCCUCCUGCCUUUCGCUUUUCUCCACGACAACCCUUGGUACUGUGAUUGCAAUAUCCUCUAUUUCCGUCGCUGGCUGGAGGACAAUCCCCAAAACGUCUACCUGUGGAAGGAGGGGAUGGAUGUCAAGGCCAUGACCCCCAAUGUGGCCAGCGUGCGCUGUGUCAACAUGGCCACCAUACCCGUCUACACCUACCCAGGGAAGGGCUGCCCUGAUGACGAGGAGGAUCAGGAUUAUGAUCAGUACUAUGAAGAAAAGAAAUCUGUAGGUGACACGCUGCCUGCCACGAGAACUGUGAUCAAGUUCUCCAUCAGCACUGAUGCCCAGACAACAACCCACUGGGGCCUCCUGACAUCACAGUCUCCUGCUGAUCCAAGUCAAAUGUCCUCCUUGCUGCCCCACGAGGAACCCACGUUGAGAGAGGUCAGUUCCACCACAUUUCUAAACACAGCAGACUCUGCCGCAUUCUCUACAGUGUCAGCACCUACUACAGCACCUACUGCAGCCGGGACCCAAAAAUUCAUAACCUGGAACACCUCAGGACCCAUCUUGGUCUUGACAACCCUGGAGCCCAGCACAACUCCCAUGACCUCUGAUCCCACCACAACACCUACCACUCCCAAGCCCACCACAACACCUACCACACCCAAGCCCACCACAGCCCUGACUACCCUGGAGUCCACCUCAGAAUCCACCACAUUCCCAACCACCUCAGCCCCGACCAAGCCCAGCACAACCUCAACCGCCCCCAAGGCCACAACAGCCCUGACUGACCCUGAGCACACCUCAGAAUCCAUCACAGUUCCAACAACCCCCAAGCCCACCUCAGAAUUCACCAUAUCCCAGACCACCUUAGCCUCUACCACCCCUGAGCCCACCACAGCCCUGACUGCCUCAAUUCUGACUGGCUUGGAAUUUGCAGCUUCCCCAGGGGCCCACCUGGCAUCUCAAGGGACUUUCCGGAGCUCCAGCAGCGACCCUUUCCUCAGCUCUGACCUCUGCUGUCUCCUCUCCCUGGGUUUCUACAUCUUAGGUCUCCUCUGGCUCCUGUUGGCUUCUCUGCUGCUCAUCCUGCUGCUGACCCGGGUCCAGCCUAGGGAGCUGCAGGCCCUGGCCUCUGGCCAAGCUGCUCUGCCGGCUGUGGCCACACAAGUCAGUCACCUGGAGCUGCAACGGGGGAGGCAAGUAACUGUCCCCCGAGCUUGGCUGCUUUUCCUUCAAGGCUCACUCCCCACUUUCCGUUCCAGCCUAUUCCUGUGGGUGCGGCCUAAUGGCCGCGUGGGACCCCUGGUGGCAGGCCGGAGACCCUCGGCCCGCAGUCAGGGGCGUGGAGAAGAUCUGCUGGGCAUGGUGGGCAUUAGGUAUGCUGGCCACAGCCUCUGAGGAUGGGUAAUUUGGGGGGAUCUGAGAGAUGUCCUCCCAAAGGGCUUUCCUGUUGGGGUCUAGCUGGGAUGGGAUGGGGGUAGUCUUAAGUAUAUUCAUUUACCAGCAGCCUCCUUUCCACCUCAAGGCAUGUCACCUCUGCCCCCACAUGUCAGGAGGAAUUGGGAGAUGGAGGGAUUGAGCAGGACCACAGGACAAAGCCCCCUGUACUGGGAGGGGCCACCAGGCCAAAUGGUUCUUCCCCAACACAUUUGGGAAGGUUUCAGGUAAAAGCAAAGGAGCACGGCUUGCACAGGCCUCUGCGCAUGAUUUAGAAAGCAACCUUACCAAGAUAUGGGCACUGCUCGAGUGUCUCUGGCUGUUACAAAUCAGGGUGGUUUUCUUUUAUUCUGCUUAGCAUUUUCCAGUCGUAAUACACAAUGCCCUCACUGGAUAGCAUUUGUAUAAUAAAAAUGAUUUGAACGUGA